AUGAAGGCAGCGGCCAAUGGCUCCCCGUUUUACGAGCAGUCGUUCGUGACGCAGAUUCAGGACCAGCUGGAGCUGACGGAGAUGGAGGAGACCAAGUUCGAGUGCCAGCUGGCGCCGGACUCUGGCGAGUACGUGUGCCGCGCCACCAACCUGUACGGCAUGGACGAGACGCGCGCCGUCAUCAAGACCAAGGGCAAGCCGGGCAUCGUGUACGAGUCGCAGCUGCCGGCCGGCAUGCAGUCGAUGAAGCGGAUCCAGGAGAUGGAGUCGCAGUGGAACCGGGCCCCGGACAGGGCCGUGGACGAGGAGAAGCCGAAUGAGGCGCCCGUGAGGGCGACUGGUCGCGCUUCUGCUGCCGUCUCACCGGCCACCCCGCGUCCGCGCGUCAUGUGGCUCAUCAACGGGCACACCAUCGUCAACGGCACGCGCUACAAGCUGACCUACGACGGCAUGUGGCGACUGGACAUCCCCAAGACGCGCCAGUACGACAACGGCAAGAUCGAGGUGAUCGCGCGCAACGCCGCCGGCGAGGCCUACUGCGCCUGCGAGCUGAACGUGACGGCCAAGCAGGACGACUACCGCGCCAUGCUCAAGAACUCGCCCAAACCCUGGUACGACUACGACCUGAAGCAGUACCAGAAGGAGCGUCAGGACGGCGAGCUGGAGCGGAUAUUCGAGGAGAAGGUGCGGCCCGGCAUCACGGUGCUGCACCAGGGUGAGCACCAGAAGGUGGUGGAGCAGCCCGAGACCGAGUGGCAGCGCAUGGCCAAGGCCAAGAAGGGCGCCGACUACUACAGCAGCUACAAACAGCUGGAGGAGGACCAGCUGAUGAAGGAGUCCAAGAUCCGCGAGUCGGGUCACCAGUUCGCCGUCCCGGGAGAGAAGAUCAAACACAGCUCCGUCGCCAAGGGCAUGGCUGCCAGCUACAUGCAGAAGCUCACGGAUGCCGACCAGAAGCCGCAGGCUCAGCCGCCGCCGCGCCGGCAGUUCAUGCCCGGCCCGGCCGAGUCCACUGUGCAGGGCAAGGAGAUCCACACAAACAUCCAGAAGCAGCAGCAGAAGGAGGUGCGCGGCGAUCUGGAGAUCCAGCGCAAGAUCACCGCCAAGGAGACGUCGGAAGUGGAGCACAAGGCUCAGAUGCAGGACCGAGUCGUCAAGGGAAAAGUGGAGCCGUCCAAGCCGCCGUUCUUCACGCGCAAGAUGCAGCCGUGCCGCGUGUUCGAUAAGGAGGGCGCCAAGUUCGAGGUGGAGUUCAGCGGCGACCCUGCGCCGGAGAUCGAGUGGUUCCGCGAGGACUUCCUGAUCCAGAGCAGCUCCGACUUCAAGAUCACCACCACACAGAAGCGCUCCUAUUCCUGCAAAUCCGCGAGGUCUUCAGCGAGGACUCGGGCCAGUUCUCCUGCAUCGCCUCCAACCGCGGUGGCAAGGCCAAGUGCUCGGCCAACCUGGUGGUGGAGGAGCGCAAGCAGGCGCGCGGCGCCGGCGGCGCCGCCCAACUUCGUGCAGACCAUCCAGGACACGACGGUGAAGGCCGGCAAACUGGCCCGCUUCGACGCCAAGCUGGCCGGCACCAAGCCCAUGGAUGUGUACUGGCUCAAGAACGGCCACAAGGUGGCCGCCGACAUGAAGCACAAGAUCCUGGAGGAGCAGGAGGUGUUCACGCUGCUCAUCCUGGAGCCGACCGUCGAGGACUCGGGCUCCUACGAGUGCGUCUCGAUCAACAGCUCGGGCGAGGCCCGCUGUCAGGGCCAGCUCGUGGUGGAGAGCCCGCCGCCGGCGCCGAAGCCCAAGCCGAAGCCGCAGCCGGAGCAGAAGGACGUGGCGCCCAAGAUCUCGGAGCCGAUGAAGGGCCUUAUCGUGACGGAGGGACAGCCGGCCAUGUUCCGGUGUCGGUUCAGUGGACAUCCCGCACCGACCGCCCAGUGGCAGAAGGACGAGAAGCCCAUCAAGCCGUCCAAGUACUUCAAGAUGGAGCAGGAAGGCGACGCGUUCGUGCUGAGUAUAUCAGAGUGCUUCCCCGAGGAUGAGGGCACGUACUACUGCGUGGCCACCAACUCGGCCGGCAAGUCCACCAUGAAGGCGCCGCUCAAGGUCCAAGCUCCGAAGCAGGACGAGGCGCCGACCGUGGUCGGCUUGAAGGACGUCACCUGUGACGAGGGUGAGGCGGCCCGCUUCUCGGCCAAGAUCACCGGCAAGCCGACCCCCACUGUCAGCUGGCUCCGGGAGGACACGCUCAUCCCGCAGAGCAGGGACUUCAAGAUGACCAUCAGUGGCAACACGGCGACGCUGGAGAUCGUCGAGACGUACGAGGAGGACUCGGGCGUCAUCACGUGCCGCGCCUCCAACAGCGCCGGCACCAGCGAGGCCACGGCCAAGCUGACCGUGGAGAGCGUCGAGUCGGAGAGCGAGUCCGAGUAGGCCGACCUGAGCGCGCGGCGGCGGCCGGACAGUCUAGUCACGCGAGCGCACCCCGCCGCGCCGCCGCCGCGCCGCAUGCGCC